CGACGGGGGCGCUCUCUUACGCAGCAGUAAAAUUUGACGAGCGGCUUGUGCACCAUGCUCCCGUCGCCGACGCUCUACGAUCCGUCGUCGAUCGUGGUCUUCACGGCGUGCGCGCUGGGCUUCUUCAGCCUCCUCUCGCUUCUCACGGCGACAACGCCGCCGGUACCCACCGAGUUUGUCGACCGCAAGCGCGGUGUCUCCAUCUCCGCGUCCGUGUCCUAUCGCGGUGACGAGCCAGCGAAUCCUCGCACGCGCCGCGUCUCGGUGGCCGCGUCCGUGUCCUACGGUGCGGACGACGCCGCACCGCGCGCGCGUCGGGUCUCGGUCGCUGCCUCGGUCUCGACGGGCGCCCACACCAUGACCGAGUCGACGUUCGAGCUUGGGCCCGAGGACGCAGUGCCAUCGUCCAAGCACGCCAACAUGCCGUGCAGUACGUGCCAGCACGUACCGGUUGUCUAUAUGCUGCCGAUCGUGCUGCCGUGCGCAUGCCACACGUACGUCGGUCCGCAGAUCCUUCCGCCGACCUGCUGCGUCCACUUCCCCCACUGCCACUGCGCCGCGACGGUGCCGCGCAAACUGCAUCAGCUGCCGUCAUCUCCGAUUGCGGCGCCGGCGCCAACCGCCAUGUCGGUGCCGCCCGAGUACCUCUCGCGCCGCCUCGAAGACUACCCGAUGGCGAUUCCGACGGAAAAAGCAAUCGAUCAGAAGGCCGAUGUCUUCAAGCCGACGCCGCUAACUGUCCCCGAGCUCAUUCCGCUGCCGUCGGCGGCGCCCAUUGAGCUUAGCGUGACACGACCGCGUCGCGACCGGAGUUUGUUUCGCGCGCGGCUCUGGAUUGGCAAGGCGUUUGAGCACGAAGAUGGCUCGGACGACGCCGUGUACGUCAUGCGCGUCGACUGCCGGACCGCCGACGACGCCAAUGUGCUCUCGCCCACGAGCAUGUGGGACGUCACCGUGACGUACCAAGAAUUUGAGCGCCUCUACCAAGCGCUCAUUGACGAAGUCGACGGCGAGCCGCUAGCAAUUCCAGCGCUCGAGCUCUCGACGCUGGACGAAGAGGAUUUGUGGCACCGCCGCCGCACGGCUUUGCAGACCUUUGUCGACGCGCUCACGUCCAACAAGCGGCUCGCGAAUGCCGAUUGUCUGCGCAAAUUGUGCCAAAUGUGGUAAACGCGUACCAAUGAUUCUUGUCAACAGAG